AAAGAUAUGCCUUGCAAAGAUCUAAGCGAUGUGGAGAAACUACUGUUGGAGUAUAUAAGCAUUGAAUCUACGACAGGUAAAGAAGGAGAACUGGGCGAGACGGUCAAGAUGCAGCUUGAAGAAAACGGAUGGAUUGUUGAAAAACAGCCAGUGGAUGAAAAUUCAUCAAGGUUCAACAUUCUUGCCACUCGGAAACCGCUAGCAGAGUGUUGCCCACGCUUACUCUUCAAUACUCAUUUCGAUGUUGUUCCUCCAUUUAUUCCACCUACUGAGGAUGCAGACAAAAUCUAUGGCAGAGGGUCAAGCGAAGCAAAAGGACAACUGGCUUGUAUGAUUUCUGCUGCACAAGCACUCGCCGAGACAAGACCUGAAAUCGCGGAACAACUUGCUUUGCUUUUUGUUGUGGGAGAAGAGAUUGACCACAUUGGAAUGCAGAAGGCCAACGAAUUUACUGCUCUAAAGCCAGAUUAUCUAGUCGUAGGCGAACCGACGGAGCUGAAGUUCGGCACAAUCCAGAAAGGAGCACUGAAGGUCAUCAUAAGGUGCAAUGGAAUAGCAGGUCACUCCGGUUACCCAUCUGAAGGAGAAAGCGCCAUCCACAAGCUGAUUCCGGUUCUCAAUGAUGUCCUAAAUUAUGAAUGGCCCAGCGAUGAGAAAAAUGGAGCCACGACCGUGAACAUAGGAAUCAUCAAAGGUGGCCAAGCGCAAAAUGCUUUCGCAGAAAGCGCAGAAGCUCGGGUAUUUGUGCGAGUAACCACAUCUGUGGCGGACAUACAGAAGAAGCUGGAAGAGAUAGUAGCA